CCUCACAAAUUUGAUGAAUGCCGCUUUGACAUUAGUGUAAAUGACAAUAUUUGGUACCUGAGGGCUGAAGAUCCUGAACUUCGGCACCAGUGGGUUGAUACCAUUGAACUUCUUAAGGAAACAUGUUGCCCAUAAACACCGUUACAAGGGCGGAUUUCAGAAAAUGAUCCGCACACUGGACAAGAGGUACCAACUUCCCUCGCGGAACUAUUUCUCUCAAGUUGCAAUCCCUGAGCUUUACAACAAAUGCCGUGGACAACUAUGGACCUGUGGUCAAGCAGAACUACUGAACCCUAUAUUAGCCUAACUGUGCACUUUGAUGAUGAGGAGUUUGAACUGAAAAGCUGCUGCCUGCAAACAUCCUAUUUUCCCGAUGACCACACGGGAGAGAACAUAGCCAGGGGCUUGAGAGAGGCAUUGGCUGCAUGGGACCUUCGUGAGGAGCGUCAGGUUGCCAUAACAACAGACAACGGCACUAAUGUUGUCAAAGCGGUGGAGCUUAAUCAGUGGACUAGGUUCCAGUGCUUUGGGCAUAGACUUCAUCUGGCCAUCGUAAAUGCCCUGAAAGAUAAUGCACAAUGCAUUAACCGUGCUACUGGGAUAUGCAGGAAGAUUGUGGGCCACUUCUCCCAUAGCUGGAAGAAGAGAGUUGCUUUGAGGGAAGCACAAAGAGAGCUUAACCUCCCAGAGCAUGCCAUGGUGACAGAAUGCUCAACACGAUGGGGUUCUACUCAGAAAAUGAUCGCAAGAGUCCUGAAGCAGCAAAAUGCUUUGUCCAAGGUUCUCUCUGCAGAUCGCAAAGUGCGACACCUACUGCCCUCAUGGCAGGACCUGGAGCUCCUGGAAUCUGUCAACAAAGCACUCAGCCCACUCCAGGACUUCACGGAUGCCCUGUUAGGUGAACACUAUGUGAGCAUAUCUUAUGUGAAUACCUCAGUGCUGGCUGAAGAGGAAGAGGACAUUGGCCUGUCUAAAUCACUCAAAUCAAAAAUUUUGAACUACCUCAACGAGAAAUAUGAAGUCAUGCAGGACCUGCUAAACAUGCCCACAUUCCUAUAUCCAAGGUUCCGAACACAAUACAUCUCUGCAGAAGAGACCCAGACCUUAAAGGACCGAGUGAUCUCUGAGUUGAUAGAAAUUCAUCAGCAGCAGCCUGUAGCCCAAACAAGCAAUGCAGCGAUGGACAAGGAUAGCCUGGAUGUGGAAAAUCCACCUGCUGCUAAAGCCAAGAAGAAAACUCUAGCUAGUUUCUUCAAGGAAAUCACAUGCACAACAACACCAACAGCAUCAACCACAUUUGAUCCCAUGGCUGAGUCUGGCUAUGGUUCAGAGACCAGUUUAAGGCACCAUGGAUCCCUGCUGUCCCUCACGUCUGCCACCAGUGGUCUCUCAACCACUUCCACAUCUUCCUUUAAGAAAGGCAGCAGCCUCAAAGAGAAGCUGGCAGAGAUGGAGACAUUCCGAGAGAUUCUGUGCAAACAAGUGGACACACUGCAGCACUACUUUGACACCUGUGCAAGUGGAGAUCACAAAGAGGAAUUCUUCAGGGACGAAGUAAUUGAGGAUGAAGAAGUUGAUUUUGCCAGCUUACAGCCGGGUAGAAACUACCUCCUCAACAAUAACAGCAGCAAAGAGAUAUUCUCUAUGGCCAGCUCCAGAGGGUGCAUUGGCAUUGAUUUCAAAGGUGAAGCAAUCACUUUCAAAGCCACCACAGAAGGCAUACUCUCUACAAUGUCCCACUGCAUUGAUAUCAUGGUCAAACGUGAGAAGACCUGGCAAAAGCAACUGGAUAAAGAAAUGCAACAGAGAAGGAAAGUCGAAGAAUCCUAUAAGUCAGCCAUAACAGAACUGAAGAAGAAAUCACACUACGGUGGACCAGACUAUGAAGAGGGGCCAAACAGUCUCAUCAAUGAAGAUGAAUUCUUUGAUGCUGUUGAAGCAGCUCUCGAUAAACAAGACAAGAUUGAGGAGCAGACUGAAAAGUGCAGGACCUCUCGGCCAGUUACAAUUAACUCCUCUCUUAAUGCUCACAAAUACACCAACAAGCCACUUAGUCAAGCUUCCUCACUGUCCUCUCUCGACUUAGUCAGUGCAUCUGAUGACUUGCACAGACUGAGUGUACAGGUGGAGGAAAUAAUACAGAGUCACAUGACUCACUCCUUACAAGAUGUAGGUGGAGAUGCUAACUGGCAACUUCUUACUGAGGAGGGUGAGCUGAAGGUGUACAGGAGAGAGGUGGAGGAGAAUGGUGUCGUGUUGGACCCUCUCAAAGCCACACAUGCUGUUAAAGGGGUUACAGGUCAUGAGGUCUGUCAUUAUUUCUGGGACACAGCCUUCCGGUAUGACUGGGAAACGACUGUCGAAAACUUCAAUGUAAUAGAGACAUUAUCAGACAAGGCAGUAAUUAUUUACCAGACUCAUAAGAGGGUGUGGCCUGCUUCGCAAAGAGACAUCCUUUAUUUGUCAGUUAUCCGCAAAAUCAUCUCUACCAAUGAGAAUGAACCAGAUACGUGGAUUGUGUGCAAUUUCUCUGUAGAUCACGAUGGAUAUCCACCCACAAGCAGGUGUAUCCGUGCCAAAAUCAAUGUGGCUAUGAUCUGCCAGACGAUAGUCAAUCCACCAGAGGACAACAAAGAGAUUGGCCGAGACAAUAUUCUCUGUAAAAUUACUUAUGUAGCCAAUGUUAAUCCAGGCGGAUGGGCACCAGCAUCAGUCUUACGUGCAGUUGCAAAGAGAGAAUAUCCUAAAUUCUUAAAGCGAUUCACAGCAUAUGUUCGAGAUAAGACCAGCGACAAAUCAAUCCUCUUUUAAAACAGGUUGCCAGCCUCCCUUAAAAAUAUCCGUAAGAGGCCUUAUCCAUCCCUUCACACUCAAAAUCUCAACCUGAGGCGCUUCAGAGAACUACUUUAUCCAGACAUCUUUCAUUCACUAUUUACAUGAAAUAGUAUUCUGGAUCAGGAAUAUCAAUGUUCGUAUAUAAAGUUCCAGACGGAGUAUUCAGGUAUUCAUUUUACACAAUGAUUAAAUGAACAGUACAGCCCUUGUUCAGGUUUUAGCAAAUGGAUACUUGUCUGUUGUGACUUUUAUAAGAGUUCAAGUGUUUACUUAUUGCAUUAUACAUAUUUGGGUUCAUGUUAUGUGCACAUUCACUAAUGUCUUUAUUAUAAUUAAAACCCUACAAACAUCAUAACAAAGAGCUUUAAACAAACAUUUUUUUUAGUGGCCCAUGUCUUAAUUUUAUGUAUAUAAUUUAGUAUGUAUGUAUGUAUGUAUGUAUGUAUGUAUGUAUGUAUGUAUGUAUGUAUGUGGUAGAGCUUAAAACAUGCUGGAUGCAGAGGUUGAUAAACUGGGAAGCAUUAUGAUUAAUUGGGUUGUCAGAUACUGGCACGAGAACAAAAUGGUGAAGAAUAAUAUUCAUUUUUGUGAAUGUUUUGUUAAACAUUUGACCAAAUAAUGCAGAACUACCUUUACUUGUGUAGCCCGUCUACUCUCACAAGUUGUAAAAAGGGGCCCUGAGUUCUCAUCAAUGAACCUGUUUGGAAAUAAUUUAUAGUUUCCCGUUUUUAUGCAAAUUAAAUAAAGAAAGAAAACAAAAUACAAGUUAUAAAUGCUCUUUCCCCAAACCAGGGUUCGUACACAUUUUUACCAAUAAAAUUCCAUGACUUUAAGUAAAUAUUCAUGACCUAAUGUUUCAUGAAAUGUCUAUACAUGUAAAUAAGAAGAAAAUCCAUGUUACACUCAGCAUAUUUUUAAUAAAAUAAAUGACAAGCUUUGUAGUGUAGAAUACAAAAUAACCAUUUAUUUAAAUAACUUAUUUAAAUAAUGUUAAUUAGGGACCUUCCUGCAUCUUUCUGCACUUGCUUCAGGAGUAUUUCGAAUACUUUCCAGUUGACGUUCGGUCAGUCCAUUGAGAUCUGGACAAGAUUCUUGAUUCUGAUCUCUGAGAGCAAGUUAUUCAUUUUUUCAGCUAUGUCUUGAGCUGAUGAAUGGCCCAUGAACUCUGAGCCGAUGUAUUUAGUCUUCACCUCGGACCCAUUCCAUAGCCUGACAUGCAUGUCUAACUGUUUAGACUGUAAAUAGUGAUUCAGGCUUUCAUCAAAAAGCAUAAAAUAGACGUUUUGCUUCGAUACAUCUGCCAAAGUCAGUUUCUUAAAAUAAGGAGCCAGUCCAAAAGUGCAGAAAUAUGAGCACUUGCGUUCGCCGCAUGCAAAGCUGGCCGCUACCUUGCUGUCUGGGAACAUAGUCUGAAAAAGCUGGCCUGUGUCUUCACAAGACUUUGUUUCUGGAUACAGCACUCAGAAUGGUCCCUUGUUUUACAGUGGAUGAGUGGGAACCACCCCUGUCCCACUCAGUGGAUUAGUGGGACAGGACCCACCCACUUUUUAUUUGCUUCCGACUCCCAUGUAAUUUAACCAAUAUUAUCAACUAUAUUCGAAUAUACAAGAUUGUGAAACCAUUUUUCCAUGACUUUUCCAAAACUCUCUGGGUUAAUUUAUUUUUCCAAAACUUUUCCAGGCCUGGAAAUUGUCAUUUUAAAAUUCCAUGACUUUUCCAGGUUUUUCAUGACUGUACGAACCCUGCCAAACUAUUGUGCUACACCACACGAUUUCACAUUAAAACACAAAUACUCUCAAUAUACACUUUUUGGAUAUGUUUUAGCUCAACUCAAAUGACAAAUUAGCUCAAUUGCAUUCUCUUUUCUACCCAAAUAAAAAUAACAUUCAGAAAUAAGUGUCAGAUUAUUUUAAAACAAAUCAACAUUGCAGGCCUGAAUUGAUGCUUGGGGUCAUUGAGACCAAAAACUCAGUGGUCGUUUUCGCACACUCAGAAGCAUCAAAUGAAAACAAGAUGGUAACUUAUUCCACUUUUGGUGGUAAUCCAAAGAACUAUCCGUCUGUCUCUGUCCGAUAGCAGUUAACAAUAUCUGUUACUUGUCUCCAGAACCACAACAAUCCGAAAGAAAUCCGUUGAGCUGUGUUAGCUAGCAGUCUCUGCUCAUGUACGUUGCUCUGUUCCUCUCGAUGUACUGACAAGGGGGUCUUCGGAAAAUGCACCAACACACACCAAUUCUCAGUCUCUCAGAAAGGUCCGUACUCAUCUUGCUGACAAUCGAAAGUCUUUACAAACUUUAAGCACUCAAACUCAGAGUUUUCAUCGCUUUUUGCAAGUGCUUUCUCUCUCUCUGUCUUUGUCCCCGGAGCAUCCGGUUGUAACAACAACAAAAAAUACAUUAAUAAAAUAAAAUCCUGCUAAUACAUUUUUCUAGAAAAAGACCACUCUGAAUUUACAGCUUUUAGAAACUAAACAAAAAUACAGACCUAUGAACUUUACAUUUUAAUUCACAACUGAAACUAUAUAUUUUAACCUUAAUUAAAUUAAUUAAAGAUUAAACAUUAAUUAAUUUUUUUUUUUUUUAAACAUUUUUUUUACAACUAACUUGUGUUUUUUUUAACUGGGCUACAUCCUCCCCCUUCUAAAUGUCUGGUGUUCUCAAUUUUCCUACUCCUAGACAGGAAAUGGGAAACGUAGCUGUUAUCUACAUUUCUAUCCUUUUCCAAUUUUAAUUAACACACCUCUGUGUAUAAUGGUAAUUGGCUGAUCUCUGCCUUUACCUGGCUCAUCAUAUGUUAACCACAGGUUUCACUGCUGUCUUGGGACUGCUCUCUUCACUGCUCUCUUCAGCCUCUCCAGACUUUCUGCCUCCCAAAACUCUAGGAUUGUCUGCCUCUUUAGUAACGUCUGCAGCAGUAUUGCCUGAGUCUUUAGCUGAUUCUGGGUUUUCUUGGUCUGGAUCACUUUCAGACCUCAAAGAAGAAUGCAGACUAGAUUCUGGUUGAAUUUUAUUAAGGAGUUCCUCCCCAGAACUAUCAUCCUCCUGUUUGUCAUUUACAGUAGUUGUGGACAAUCACUCGGCUCAACUUCUAAAAAAAGCUGAGGGCUCUACAGCACUCCUGGUUGCCUGGCCCAUAUUUCCUGAGCAUGUCGGUUGGGUCUACAAUACUCAAAGUCAGAGGACGAGUCUGAAUCAAUCAAGUACUUUAGGAAGUCUCCCCUUUUGUUCUUCCAAAGAUUUGGCAAAAAAAUCAAAUCAUCAAGGUAAACAAGAAUUUGGAGCAGGUUCAUGUCACCAACUGUUUUUUCCAUCAAGCGUUGGAAAGUAGCCGGGGAUCCAGUUAUAACCUAAGGCAUCCGUUUGAAUUGAAAGAAACCUAAUGGGCAGAAGAAUGCUGUUUUUUCCUUGUCUUCUUCAGCCAUGGCUAUUUCAUAAUAGCCACUUCUCAAGUCCAGUACUGAGAACCACCUACUUCCAGACAAGUAGUCCAGUGCGUCUUGCAAGAUGUGGUGUAUUGAUCGGGAACAGUCCGACUAUUCAUAAGAGGUAGUCAAUACACAUCCUUAUGGUCGGCUUGUUGUUCACCUGGCAGUAGACCUCUAAGGUCCUUUGUAGUUUUCCACUCUGCCUGCAACAGCAAGGUUAAUUUGCUUAUAAAGUCUGCAUCUGAAGCUCGUGUCUUCUCAGUGACUAUUAAUGACCAAGCUACUAAACUCUCAGGAAAAAUCACCUCAGACGGAACCUCUUACAGCAAUAAGGGCUUCCCUCAUUCACACAAGACUGUCAGGCUGUCACACAAGACUGUACCCUGCCCAAGCACUUGAUGGUUUGGAGAGUCGCUUUUAUUUGUGCUAUUUCCAUAUCUUCUGGGACAGUAACCAGCUGUCCAUGAGCCACAUCUAAACCUUCCCCUCUGCACCACCUCUUCAGCUCAGGAACUAACUCUGUCUGCCAUACUUAUUGUUUGUUUUUCAUCCAGUUUUUUUCUUUUUUUCUAGCUAUUUUAACUUUACUGGGUGCCCAAGACUAAUCCCUGCGGUGCCUCUAUUUUAUGUAGCAUGUCUACUCUCAAUAGUUUCAAAAGUUUCGUAGGUCUUGGGCUGCUUUUAAAAAAAAACUAAUCUCUCACAUUAAACAGUAGAAACAAAGUAAAGCCUGGAAUAUCACACAUUAACACUUUUCGAAUUCUUUAGUGUGUUCUUUAGAUCACUAAAAUGAAAACAACAAUGAAUCUGUUAGGAUUAAUUUAUAAUUGCCCAUUUUCAUGCAAAUUAAAUAAAGAAAUAAAUAUAAAAUACAAGUUAUAAAUGCUCUUUUCCCAAACUAUUGUGCUACACCACACGAUUUCACAUUUAAACACAAAUACUUUCAAUAUACCCUUGUUGAAUAUGUUUUAGCUCAACUCAAAUGAUAAAUUAGCUCAAUUGCGUUCUCUUUUCUACUUAAUAUUUUUUCUAUUCUCCUAAAUAAAAAUAAUCUUUACAAAUAAGUGUCAGAUUAUUUUAAAACAAAUCAACGGUGCAGGCCUGAUUCGAUGCUUGGUGUCCUUGAGACCAAAAACUUAGCAGUCGUUUUGCUCACAAUAAUCCCUCAGAUCUAUGUUUAGCUGGUUAGCUAGCCGUCUCUGCCUGUGCAUGUUCCUCUCACUGUACUGACAGCGGGGUCUCCGGAAGAUGCACCAACACUACGAAUUUCUUUUUGGAGUUCUCAGGCUCUCGGAAAGGUCCGUACUCAGUCGAAUCAUCUUGCUGACAAUCGAAAGUGUGAGAUUUUACAAACUUUAAGCACUUAAAAUCAGAGCUUUCAUCUCCAAACUGCUCCGUUAGCCUAUUAGCAUUUCCCCUCGUGCUUCAUGCUUUUCGCGCGUGCUCUCUGUCUUUGUCCAAAAAAAAAAAAAAAUGUAUAAAAGCCUGCUUAAUCAAAUACAUUUUUCUAGAAUAUGACCACUCUGAAAUUAACAGCUUUAAGAAACUAAACAAAAAUACAGAUGUAAAAUUUUUACAUUUUAAGCAUUUAUUAAUUUUAACCUUGCUUAAACAUUACCUAUUUGUUUAUUUAUUACAACUAAUGUAUGUUUUUUUUUUAAACUGGGCUACACUUGUAAUAGAGGACCAUCAUUUCAUGAUUUCAUUGGACCUAAAUAAAAUGUUUCAUAUUUACAAGAAUUUACAUAGAAUAUACAAGAAGUUUGUUGUUGUAGUAACCUGUUCUCAAAGUUUUUGUUAAGCACAUUAAAAUCUGUGUUAAUGUUAAUAUUUGCACUAAUUGCAAAAAGCGUUGCUGUACAGUAAACUGCAGAAUCGUUUGUGUGAAUGAAUUAUAGCGUGUGGAAUGUAUGAAAAAUUAUACAAUAAAUGACUAUAAUGCCUGUUAAUAUGUAACACUGAGCUUUCCAGAAUGUGUUUGUGUUUGUGAAAUUUAUUUGCGAGUAUACAGUAAGCAAAUAUCAUUCACACGUUUAUAGCACUCUAGAAUGAUUAAAGCUUAUGAGGAUGUUAAUAAAGUUUCCAGCUUUA